ACGGCUUUCGGUUCCAGACCUGCCCCGAUGUUAGGCAGCGACGUGGGAGCAGGGGCAACUUUGGGUAUGGCUGUGCAGGGAAAAUCCAAGGCAUCCGCUUGAUAAAUGGGAGUUUUAAGCGAAUGGAACUCCUCCGCCGGCACUGGGUCCCGACUGGAAAUGGGGAAGUGAAGCCAGUGGCGAGUUGGUCAGCCCCUGACUCUCAGCUCCCACAACCCGGCCGCCCAGGAGGGGGGCCGGCAGCCACCCCCCAGCCGCUUGGACCCUCUCCAGCUGGGGCACCGGUCCAAGUGCCAGCCGAUCGCCCCCUCCUCGUCCGGCUCGCCGGAGAGAAGACUGCUCGAUCCAGUGGAAGGUGAAAGGCAUCCUUCUCCGGAUUACAACUAACCACCAGGACACCAGGGUGAAGAUGCCUUUCCACCCCGUCCACACCGGCCUCUUGUACAAAGGGAAUUACCUGAGCGGAUCGCUGUCCGACGGCAGCGAGAGCGAACAGUUGGCCAACAUUUCCGAAGAGGAACUGGAUGAAAUAAGAGAAGCUUUUCGAGUUUUGGAUCGCGAUGGCAAUGGGUUCAUUUCAAAGCAAGAGUUGGGCAUGGCCAUGAGGUCCCUGGGCUAUAUGCCCAGUGAGGUGGAACUUGCAAUCAUUAUGCAGAGGCUGGAUAUGGAUGGUGAUGGGCAAGUGGAUUUUGAUGAAUUUAUGACAAUACUCGGUCCUAAACUUUUGUCGUCUGAAGCGCGAGAAGGUUUUCACGGCAGCACAAUAGACUCGAUAUUCUGGCAGUUUGAUAUGCAGAGGAUUACACUGGAAGAACUGAAGCACAUAUUAUUUCAUGCAUUUCGGGACCAUUUGACAAUGAAAGACAUUGAGAACAUCAUCAUAACAGAGGAGGAGAGCCUGAAUGAAAGUUCAAGUAACUGUCACACUGAAUUUGAAGUGCAUUCGCAAAAGAAGAAUAGACAGACGUGUGUAAGGAAGAGCCUGAUCUGUGCGUUUGGAGUGGCUUUCAUCAUAAGUGUCAUGUUGAUUGCAGCAAAUCAGAUACUCAGGAAUGGCAUGGAAUAAGCUUCCUAAUUCGCCACCUGCUGGAUUGAGCUGGCAGCACAUGAUUCCAUCAGUGGGCAAACUCCAGCGGACUCCUGGAUUAGGAACACAGCGAAAUGUAAAUAGUAGAACAUAUUUAUACCAGGAACACGGAGCCCAAAUGGAAGUGAUUCCUUUUAACUCCACAAACAUAGGAUCCCACAGACAGGGGUCGUUCUUUUAUAAAAGGGCUGAAUUAUUAAAGACUGCUUUUGAUAAUGCAAUAAGAUACAGAAGUUCUGAAUUAUAGCAUUGGUUAGGAGUA